GUUGGCGGGGUGAGAGAGUGAGUGAGGGAGGCGGGUUCAGUCUCUCACUCCCACCGGGACCAGGAUGGCGGCGGCUGGCUGUACCCGGUUCCUCUGUUUGCUGAUGACUCUCAGGCUGGGCUGUGGUUCCGAGGUGGAGGGCGGCGCCGGGGAGAAGUUUAAAAUCGAGGGUCGGGCGGUGGUGCCCGGCGUCAGGCCGCAGGAUUGGAUCCACACAGCCCGGGUGCUGGUGGAGGGAGAGGAGCAUGUCGGCUUCUUCAAGACAGAUGGAACUUUCACUGUAAAUGAUGUUCCUUCUGGUUCAUAUGUGGUGGAAAUAGUAUCAGCGGCCUAUCGCUUUGAAGCUGUGCGAGUUGACAUAACCUCCAAAGGUAAAAUCAGAGCAAGGCACGUGAACUACUUAAAGGCAUCUGAAGUUAUUAGGUUGCCAUAUCCCAUACAAAUCAAAUCUUCUGGCCCGCCCCCAUACUUCCUGAAGAGAGAAACAUGGGGUUGGACAGAUUUUCUCAUGAAUCCUAUGGUCAUGAUGAUGGUUCUUCCAUUGCUAAUCAUCCUCCUGUUGCCCAAAGUGGUCAACACCAAUGAUCCUGAGAUGAGGCGGGAGAUGGAGCAAUCCAUGAACAUGUUAAACCCGAACCACGAGUUGCCAGAUGUUUCAGAGUUUAUGACCCGCCUUUUCUCUUCCAAGUCAUCUAAAUCCGGAAGUGGUAGCAAGGCUGGCAAAAGUGGUGCUGUGAAGAGGAGGUAGUUCUUCCAUCGUUGUGUUGUUCAAGGUUAAUAUACACACAAAACGCCUCUUUGUGCUCUCUUUUUUAAAAAAAAACCACUAGUAGAAUAAAUACUGAGAGCUUCUUGCAAAGAAAAAUCAAAUUUUGGAAGAAUAUAUUUGACUUCUUGAAGACAAAGGGAUUUGCUUGGUAUUUCUGUAUAUAUGGAAAUAUCAAAAAUUCUCUGUGCUUGCAGUGACUGGUAUAUUCUGAAGAAUUUCUUUAAUUAAAGAAUAAUAUCCCAGUUUAUUUACUGCCAGUUUUGGUAAAUAUUUUUAAUACAUUCAAAGUCUGUUCGAGAGAUUAAAAUAAUAUAAAAGUGAAAUAUUUCAAAUCCCUGUUCAAAUUUCUGAGGUACAAGGCAGUGAUGUCUCCAAUUGAUGAAAGUAUAUUCAAGGUAACUUUUGUUUCUGAGUGGUGUUUAUUUCAAAUGCACAAAAUAAAUUAAUACAAGUAAA